AUGGCGUCUUCGAAAUUUAUCAGGAGCUUCUUGCUGAGCUUACCCUGCCGUCGUUCUCGAUUUCUCCUUUGCCGAGAUACUGCCGUUGCCUCGUCUACCUCUCUAUCAACGGCUGCCAAGCCAUCAGAUACCCCACACUACACUCAAGGAACGACCGAGAACUCCGAAAUAAAGGCAACAUACAAAGAAGGGCGCAAAAAGCGUGAGAGGGUCGUCGUCCUGGGGUCCGGCUGGGCUGGCUAUGCGCUGGUCCGCAAUCUUGAUUCGGCCAAGUACGAGCGCAUCAUUAUCUCGCCGCGCUCCUACUUUGUCUUUACUCCGCUAUUAGCAUCUACGUCUGUCGGCACUCUCGAAUUUCGCUCCAUCCUCGAGCCUGUUCGCCGCUUGCAGCCGGAUCGCUUCCACCAAGGCUGGGCCGAUGAUGUCGACUUUACUAACAAGACCAUCCGUGUCGAGACGAACCCAGAUGCUGACGAGAUUAACUCUCGCACACUUCCACCCGCCACUCAAUCAUCGUCGCACAAUGAUGGCAGAGACAGUGGCUCCUCAGACCUAUCCGUUAUUCAAACCCCUUUCUCUGGCUCCGUCAAGGAGACUCUUACCAAGCGUAAGGGUGAGAUGAUCACGGUCCCUUACGACAAACUCAUCUUGGCCGUCGGAGCCUACUCCCAGACCUUUGGUAUUCCCGGCGUUCGUGAGCACGCAAAUUUCCUCCGUGACGUCGGUGACGCCCGCUCCAUCCGCCUUCGCAUCCUACAGUGUUUUGAGCGCGCGGAGCUCCGUUCCACGACCGACGAGCAGCGCCGCAAGCUGCUCCAUUUUGCGGUCGUCGGCGGUGGCCCCACGGGCAUAGAGUUUGCCGCUGAGCUUCACGACCUCAUCCACGAUGACCUUGCUCGCAUCUAUCCUGACCUCAUGGAAUUUGUUGGCAUUACCGUCUACGACAUUGCACCCAAGAUACUACCCAUGUUCGACAAGAAGCUAUCCUCCUACACUAUCGACUCCUUCCGCCGCCAGGGCAUUCAUAUAAAGACUCAGCAUCACAUCAAGGGUGUCCGUCUGGAUGAGGAUGGUAAGGGAGGCCUCAAGAUCAAGAUCCAAGAAUACGACGAUGAGGUCAGCGCCGGGAUCGUUGUUUGGAGUACGGGUCUGAUGCAGAAUCCCCUAAUUGCCAGGCUUGUCGAACAGAAUAUUCGCGACCUUGUCACUCCAGAGGAAGAACAGACUCGGCACAUUGUCAAGGCUGAGAAGAGCGGCGGUCUUGUCGUCGAUGAUCAUCUCCGUGUUCGCGUGUCCACUGGCUCUAUCCGGGCCACCGAUUCCCAGAGCGGCCACAAAGCGCCCAGCGACAUCCUCCCCGAAGUUUACGCCAUGGGCGACUGUGCUGUCUUGGAGCGCGAGGCGCUCCCCGCCACCGCACAGGUCGCCUCACAGCAGGCCAAAUACCUGGCCAAGACCCUGAAUAAGUAUGGCUCCUGCGAAGCCGUUGGCAAAAAUUCAAAGCCUUUCCUUUUCCUCAAUCUCGGCACAAUCGCCUACAUUGGCAGCUGGCGUGCCAUAGCCCAAAGUUCAUCCGAAAGCCUCGCGGGUAGGCUUGCCUGGGUCCUAUGGAGGGGCGCUUAUAUUACUCGAAGUAUGAGCAUCAAAAAUAAAAUCAUGGUUUUGGUUCACUGGAUCAUAACUUGGCUUUUCGGUCGCGAUAUUUCGAGAUUCUGAGGGGUUCGCGCAAAAGCUCAGAACAGUAAUGGGCCUGGGAGAGCGUGGGAGCUCGAAUCUUGAGCGACUACCUUAGGCAGGGACAAUUACCAUCGGUAAAUACAAAAUUAGAGAGUUGACCUUGUUUAACCAAUCUACCGAAUAUUUGGCAUUGCAACCAUCCGCGGAAGUAGCAAGGCCGUUAUGUUGGCAGAUGAGUUGUGCACUUUGUCUGUCUUUUAAUGCAUUAUACUGUUUGUCUC